AUGAGUGUAGAUCUGAAGAAAACUGCCACUAAUGGCCAUGAGAAAAUAUUAAUACCACAAGAACAGCAGGGAAAGAUCAACGAGAUGAGAAAGCUAAUAGGGCCGCUGUCUGGUAAGGCAUUGGUUUAUUGUUCUGAUGCAUCCAUCGCCAGGUAUUUAAGGGCUCGGAAUUGGAAUGUCAAGAAGGCAGCUAAAAUGUUGAAGACGACCCUUAAAUGGAGAGAAGAAUAUAAACCAGAAGAGAUCCGCUGGGAAGAUGUUGCUCAAGAAGCAGAGACUGGAAAGAUCUACAGAUCAAAUUAUAUCGACAAGCAUGGGAGAACCGUACUUGUAAUGAGACCCGCUCGGCAGAACUCAAAGUCAACAAAAGGACAGAUUAAGUAUUUGGUGUACUGCAUGGAGAAUGCGAUUCUAAAUCUUCAACAAGACCAGGAACAGAUGGUUUGGCUGAUUGAUUUCCAGGGUUUCAAUAUGUCACAUAUAUCUAUCAAAGUGACACGCGAAACUGCUCAUGUCUUACAAGAACAUUAUCCUGAAAGGCUCGGUCUGGCAAUACUGUACAAUCCACCAAAAAUCUUCGAGCCAUUCUUCACGAUGGUAAAGCCGAUAUUGGAGACUAAGACCUAUAACAAAGUCAAGUUUGGUUACUCUGAUGAUCAGAACACGAAGAAGAUUAUGGAGGAUUUGUUUGAUAUGGACCAUCUUGAAUCCGCAUUCGGUGGGAAUGAUACUACACCAUUCGACAUAAAUAAAUACGCUGAGAGAAUGAAGGAGGAUGAUAAGAAGAUUCCGUCAUUCUGGACAAGGGAAACCUCUCCAUCCUCGGUUCCAAUUGAGGUUCCUUCUUUAGUUUCCGUUAAACUAGACACUGAUUCUGAUGCUUCUGACAAUGAGAAAAUAGUUCGUUCUUCUGACUCGGUUGCGGACACCGGCUUAGUCAACCCUGAUCAAAACUUGAUGAAUCAAGAGGACCUGAAUGCGAGUGCUGCUGUGCAUUAG